GGCCCGACUGUCUGUUGGCGGCAUCGGGAGUGUCGAAGCGGGCCAUUUUAAUCGGUGGAACAAGACUCCCUCUUCCCCCCCCCCCACCCUUUCCGCCCUCACCGCUUUCUCAUGGGAGGGGGAAGAGAGAGCGAAGGAUGCCGAGAGUUUGCACGACCCCGCACCGCAACAGGAUAAGCGCCGAGCUCGGCCGCUCCAGGUUGCCCAGAGACCCCAAGAGAUUACAUUGAAUGCAUAUGGAGCACAGAACACUAGACUGGAAAAAGUGCAAGUGAAUUCCAGCACAGUGGUGCAACUUGUGAAGCUGCUGCCCUGCAGCUCCAGCAAUCCGGAUUCAAUCUUGACCUCCGGUGUUGGCUGUUUGGAGUUUGCACGUUCUCCCUGUGACCGUGCGGGUUUCCUCCUGGUGCUCUGGUGUCCUCCCAUAUCCCAAAGACGUGGGUUGUUGCAGAGUUGGGCUGACCCUGUAGGACGCCACCCAUCGCUAUGCCUGCUGUUUGGCCGACUCUUCUGGACCUCAGCAGGGAUGAGUGCAAGAGAAUACUUCGAAAGCUUGAACUUGAAGCUUAUGCUGGUGCUAUCAGUGCACUCCGUGCACAAGGUGACCUUACAAAAGAAAAGAAGGAUCUUCUUGGAGAAUUGGCCAAAGUUCUGAGCAUUUCAACAGAGCGUCACCGUGCUGAAGUUCGAAGGGCAGUUAACGAUGAAAGGCUGAUGACCAUUGCACAUCACAUGUCUGGGCCAAACAGCUCAGCAGAAUGGUCCAUUGAAGGUCGUCGACUUGUCCCCCUCAUGCCCAGGCUGGUUCCUCAGACCGCAUUCACGGUGACAGCGAAUGCAGUAGCGAAUGUGGCAGCUCUCCAUAAUGCCACUCUUCCAACACCAGCUGAAACUGGUAACAAAGAAGUGAUUGUUUGUUAUUCAUACACAAGUACCACUCCCACGCCAGCUUCAACAACGAUACCCAGUGGGAGUGUAGCAACGGUCAAAUCUCCCAGACCCGCUAGUCCUGCUUCCAAUGUUGUUGUACUGCCAAGCGGAAGCACGGUGUAUGUGAAAAGUGUUAGCUGUGCUGAUGAAGAUGACAAACCUCGUAAACGCAGGCGUACAAAUUCAUCGAGUUCUUCCCCUGUGGUACUUAAAGAGGUUCCCAAGUCAGCCACGCCAGUUGCCAAGUCGAUUGCAGUUCCUGUUGGAAGUAGCCCGAAAGUGAGCAACAUUAUGCAGAGCAUUGCAAACUCCAUUCCCUCGCACAUGUCACCAGUGAAAAUUACUUUUACAAAGCCCACAACCCAAACGACAAACACAACUACUCAGAAGGUGAUAAUUGUAACCACAUCGCCGAGUUCAACGUUUGUACCCAAUAUUUUAUCCAAGUCUCACAAUUAUGCUGCUGUGACCAAACUUGUGCCAACGUCAGUCAUCACUACCACCACACAACGACAGCCAAUGGUCAUCACUGCCACGCAGCCACCCUUUACUGUUGGCAGCACUCCUUCAUCCUCUGCUACUGCUAUGUCUAUGAUUUCAUCAACGUCUUCUGUUGUAAUGUCAACAAUAGCUCAAGGUGCAUCUGGUACUGCGGUAAAAGUCACUGCAGCCAGGCUUCAGUCUCCUAAAACACCAACCCAGAUCUUGACCCAGUUUCCCAAACAGCAGCAGCAGCAGCAGGUUUCCCAGUCUCCACAACAGCAGUCCCAGCAGUCUCAGACCUCGCCUGGUGUCAAACCCACCAUUCAAAUCAAGCAAGAGUCGGUAUUAAGGGCACCUUUUAGCGCUCGUGCUGUGGCCCCUGGUCCCAAGAUGAUGCCGGAGGGCGUUACUGUUUCAGGUGUGAAGAUAAUAACGCAGCAGAUGCAGCCUAGUAAAAUUCUGCCAAAACCAGUCACAAUGUCUAGUACAAGCACUUCACCCAUCAUGGUGGUUAGCAGCAACGGUGCUAUCAUGACAACCAAACUGGUUACUACACCGACAGGCACCCAAACUACCUAUACACGUCCUACAUUAAAUCCCACCAUCAGUGCCCGUAUGGCAGCCUCUCCAGGAUCUGCCACCUACAUGAAAACUACAAGUGGCAGCAUCAUCACUGUGGUACCAAAAUCACUUGCCACGUCCCUAGGUGGAAAGAUUAUCAGCAGCAGCAUUGUGUCUGGAACAACAACCAAAAUAACAACCAUCCCAAUGACUUCUAUGACAUCAAAACCAAAUGUUAUUGUUGUGCAGAAGACUGCAGGGAAGGGAACAACUAUCCAGGGAAUUCCAGGAAAAAAUGUGGUCACGACAUUGUUAAAUGCAGGGGGUGAGAAGACCAUUCAGGCAGUACCUGCAGGGACAAAGCCAGCAAUUAUCACAGCAACAAGACCUAUCACUAAAAUGAUUGUGGCUCAGCCAAAAGGGGUGGGUUCAUCAGUGCAGCCCACUACAAAAAUCAUCCCCACCAAGAUUCUCUAUGGACAGCAAGGAAAAACGCAGGUUCUAAUUAAGCCAAAGCCUGUGGCUUUCCAGGCCACAAUGGUGAGUGAGCAGACCCGCCAACUGGUGAGUGAAACUCUACAGCAGGUCUCGAGAGUGACAGAGGGGAGCAACGUGCCUGGUCAAGAAAGCAGUCUGAAAGAAGAAACGCAAUCCUUUGCAGAGGGCGGCAGUGGGAGUCUGGCCUCCAGUGACUCUGUACAAAGCUCGCAUGGCAAAAGCCGAUCGUACAUCGAGGUACAGAAAACCCGAAAUAAUUAUUUGAACUCCCAGCAAGUGGUUCAUGUCAUUUCAUCAAGAAGCCAGGAUUGGACAGAACAUGAAGUUGCCAUGGACACCAGCCCCACGAUUAUUUACCAGGAUGUUUCUGGGGAAUCUCAAUCAGCAACUUCCACCAUUAAAGCACUGCUAGAACUCCAGCAGACAGGAAAAGAAAAGCUGGAGUCUAAACCUCGGCAGCCAACUAUUGACCUCAGUCAGAUGGCGGUUCCAAUCCAGAUGACACAGGAAAAGAGACAGUCUCCAGAAAGCCCAGCCAUCACUGCUCUCGAUUCGGAGCUGGCUUCUGAGUACUUCAGCUCUGGGAAAAGCAUCAAACCUGCAGUCUCCAGUUCGGGCGUCGGUUCUGGUGAAGUGGCACUGACGUCACUUAUAUCAAGCGGUCAACAGCAGCAGACAACACAGCAUUCCGCAGGGGUGAAAUCAGUCCCAGUGUCCUCGGCAAUCGCUGUCACACACAUUCUACAGCAGAUCCCAAUAAAAUUACAAACCGUUACGGAGCAGGGUUCUGCAGCCAAGCAAGAGGACUCUGAGGCUGAAGAAAGUGAAGUGGAAGAGGGUGACACAUUGGACCCACAGACGGGUCUCUUCUACAGGUCAAACGCCUCGAUGCAACCAACACAGCCACAAGAGAAGCAAACACACCAACCUCAGGAGGUGGCGCAGUCCAAAUCCCCAGCACUGCAGCAAGCGUCUACAGCUACGACCCAGACACCACAAGCCAUGGUGCAGGUGAUUGCAGUCAAAGCGCAACAGCAACUUCCAAAACUGCUGCAUCAAUCACAACAGAAACCACAGUCGCAGUCCCCACAUCCACAGCAUCAGCCAGAUAAAUCCCAGCUAGCCAUAAAACACCAGUCUGUCUCAACGGAACAGCAUCUUCCUGGCCAGGCACAGCCACCCAUCAUAACCCAAGGAGCAACAGUCACCAAAAUAACUUUUGGAAAUUACCAAGCCACUACCAUCACGAAAACAGCCUGUGGCAGCUCAGAGGGUUCAGUAUUGGCAACAAACUAUUACACGGUGCAAUCUUCCAAAAAGUCAAUGGAAACAGAUAUUUUAAAGAUUUCAAUGAUGGAGGCCCAGAUCGAAAUGAAUGAGGAAGCCUCCAAUGUAGACGCUAGAAAAGAAAGGAAGCCUACUGUGCAGAAAGUAAGCACACUGCAGUCAGCUCCUUCAAGUCAGUUCCAAAAAGCAGCUGCGGCAUCCGCGGCCAAAGAACAGGAAAGCAAACAGAACCCAGACAACACCCUUCCACCCAGGGCACCAGAGGGAUCUGGAAAGUCUGCUCAAAGCCAUUUUCUUCAAAUUCAGAAUGUAACACAGGAGAAGUUUGAUGAAAUAUCUGCAGAUAUUCUUAUUCAGUCUAUACCACAGUAUUCCAUACCCAGUCAGUCCAGCUCAAAUGUAGUGGUCGAACCCAGUGGUCUUUUGGACAUCACAAACUUUACCAGCCAACGAAUCGCUGAUGAAGAGUCUGUACAGUAUUCAGCCAUGGAACAAGAUAUGGACAGUAGUAAUGAAGAUGGCCCUGAGCCCAGUUCAACAGACAUUACAGCCGGACAGUCGUCCUGAAAGGAAGUGGCAAUUCUUAACUGACCAAGACGUUCUACUGAGUCUUGAGAAAUAUCUCCAUGAGGAGACAAGUGUUUGAGUUUUUUUUUAAAAGAAUAUGUACAUAGAAACUUUUUUUGGAAGAAAAAAAACAUGUAAAGAAGAUUCUGUAUACAUACAUGUAGACUUUUAAAGUGAAUCUUGUCAAAAGUUCUUUUUACAAAAAAAAGAUUGAAGAAGGUCCAACCAUUUCCACUUUAUCUGAAAACUAACGACACCUCCAAGAAUUCUUCGGUUCACCAUUCCCAGUAGGAAUGCCAGAACUCUGGGUACAUUGUUGGAGCCCUUUGGGCAACAGUCAAAGAUGAUGCACCAUUAUGAUGGUAGCGGACUGGAGAUGAGUUUUCCUCGGGAAUGAAUGUCUUUGUGCACCAUUAAUAAUAAAAGAAAAGCAAUCGAUGGUUCAUCUCACUGAAGCAAGUUACCACCUAGUACUGAGACGUGUAAAAUAAUUACUAAUUGGCCUGUUUUUGCAUGGCUGCCUUUGCCAAGAAAAUGUUACACUCUAGAUUAAGCAGCUUGUUUAAGUCUGUAGUGAUAAUUUUGUUAUGCUAAUUGUGUGGAUUUAUUGGUUACCUGGAAGUUGAAAAGAUGGGAGCUAUCAGUAGGUGAGUACUUUACAUCCAAUCAUUCUCCCUUCUCAAUCAAUUUUAAAAAAAGUCUUGCAGGAAGGCAUACAAGUUGAUUUUUCUUUUAAGAUCUCAUUUUUGAUCCUUUGGUAAAGAUUUGAGGUAAAAGUUAAAUCAAAAAAUACACAACCGAAGCAUUUGAUACAAUUAAAGAUAAUGAUACGGUUUUUCAGCUAAUUGACAAAUCAAUAAGGUCACAGAUGGAAGCCUUAAUUAAGUGGUAGAACUUGUGCCUCAUCUGUUGGAAGCUUUGAGACAUCUUGAAGUCAUGAAAAGCUCUACAGAAAUGCAGGGUCAUUGUUGAUUGAUCAUCUGUGAGGAAACAAUAAAGGAAAUAGUAUUUGAAGCAUUUUUCUAAAUAAGGUUGUUGGACUGUGUUGGUCUUGAGGCAUUUAAUUAAAAGGAUGCGGAUGAACUAGUAUUUUUGACUGGACUUUUUAAGAAGAAUGUAACUAUCAACAGCAGCUCUGAUUAUUGAAGCAAAAUGGGUCAAUAUUGCCUUUAUUGAAAAGACCAUAAAUGCAAUGUCAUGCUGCCAUCUUCAAUUCCCACACAUUUAACAAAUCUCUUGGUAUCUUUUGAAGUUGCAAUGUACUAGAUUAAAUUGAGGAUUGAUUGCCAAACAGAAGAUAGUGUGGUGUUCUUAUUGAAUGGCAGAGCAGGAAUGAGGGGCACACUGCAUUAUAUCAGUUUUGGUUAUUUUCCAGUGUAGAUUAAUCGUAUACCUCAGAAUCUUUUCCAAUUUUCUUAAAAGUGUUCAAGUUCUUCCCUCUGGUCUCUUUUGCCAUUCAAUAUCUAAGGGCUACUUUCUGACACUAACGCCAGAUCCCUUGAUUCCCUUUAACAGCUUAAAAAUCUGUUCAUCUCUUUCAUAAAUAUACUCAGCAACUAAGCGUCUGUGGCCCUUGGGUAAAGGAUUCCAAAGAUUUGUUACUUUCUGUCACUCCACUUCGUAUUACCAGCUAACUUGGAUAUAUUACACUUGAUUCUCUCAUCCAGAUCACUGAAAUAAAUUGUAUACAGCUUGAUCCCAGCACCCAUCCAUGUGGCUUCUCAUUAGUUGCAGCUUCCCUACCCAAGCAAAGACCUAUUUAUUGAUACUGUCUCUGUUUUCUGUCUGUUGGCCAAUCUUCAGUCUAUGCCAGUCUAUUACCCCAAAUUCACACGGUGGCUGCUGGGAUUGGGGUGUGUGAUUUAUAAGGUGAGACUGGAUGGGCUGGGAUUAUUCUCCUUUGAGAUCAGGAGGCUGAGGGCUGACCCCACAGAGGUUUACAAAGUCAUGAAGGACAUAGACAAGGUGAAUGGUCAUGGUCUUUUUCCCAGGUUACGGAAGUCCAUCACGAGAGGGCAUGGGUUUAAGGUGAGGGGAAAGGUUUAAAGAAGACCCGAGGAGGCAAGAUCUUCAAACAGAGGGUGGUGGGUAUAUGGAACAAGCUGUCUGAGAAAGUGGUGGAGGCAGGUACAAUUAUAAUGCUGAAAAGACACUUGGACAGGUACGUGGAUAGGAAAGGUUUAGAGGGAUAUGGGCCAAAUAUAGGCAAAUGGUAAGGUGGCACCUUGGCUGGCAUGGAUGAGUUGGAUCAUAAGGCCCGUUUAUGUACUGUAUGACUCUGACUCAACGUGCAGGGUGCUGUAAUUUUGUUUAAUUAUCUCAUUUCUGGCACAUCGCUGAAGGCCUUCCCAAGUCCAAAUACACCACAUCAAAUGGUUUGGUCUUAAAAUCGUAAUAUGAAAACAGGCCAAUUGACUCACUGAAUCCAUGCUGACCAAUCAGCCCCCAUUUACACUAAUCCCAUUUUACCUUUCCACAUUCCCUUCAACUCUUCCCAGAUUCUACCACUUGCCUACACACUAAUGGCAUUGUGCAGUGGUCAUUUAAUCGCCAGUCCAUUCGUCUUUGGGAUAUGGGGGGAAACUGGAGCACUCAGGGAAACCUAUGCAUUCACAGUGUGCAAACUCCAUUCAGCACCAGAGGUGGGGAUUGAACCCAGGUUGUGGGAACUGUGAAGCAGCUCCACCUGCUCUGCCAUCCCACUGGUUGAAGCCUCAUUUUCCAAUAGAUUUGUCAAACAUGGGAGACAGCGGUGAUGGUAAAGCUCCAGACGUAUUUACUGUCUUUUAAUGAUGGCAAGUACAGACUCAUUUUGCUUCUAUCCCCUUAAAUAUUUAUUCAAGUUCAGCCCACAGAUCAAUUUGUAAACAGUUUUUAACACCUUUAUUUCAGCUGAUAGCACUCACAUCAUUACAAGUAAUUUAAAACUAUGAUCAGAUUAUAAUUGCAAUGAUUUUUUUUGUAUUGUGAACUCAAAAGUGAAGCCCAAAAUACGGAACUUUACUUCUCCCUGCCAAGUAAAUUGACGCAAGUUCUCAUGAGCUUUCCUGAAUGAUACCUUUAGAUUAGAAUACGUAAGCACUUAAAAUUUUCCGCUGUGAGACAAAUUCCAUUUUCACCUUUCAUUAAAAUAGCUGUGCGUCAAGAAAUUCCCCGGGGUUGCAUCACCUACUUUAACUGUCACAAAUACGUGGAAAUUGCGGGUAAUCGUUUGCCGUGCUCCUGGCACAAUUAACAAGUGAAAGAUUUAAUAUUAUUCUACAAUGAUUGAAGGGGGAGAAAAUUUCAGUACCCAGCUGACAAGCUGAAACAUUGGAAGAAUGACUGGCUAUCAGCAACAGGAGACCGGGAUGGAUGCAAGGUCUGACGAGCAUUGGCAUUUUCCAAGGACGUGGGUUAUAGUUUUCACUGGAAGAGACUGCAGGACUAGAGGGCCUGAGUUAUAGGGAGAGGUUGGCCAGGCUAGGUCUUUAUUCCUUGGAAUGUAGGAGAAUGAGGGGUGACCUUGUAGAAGUGUUUAAAAUUAUGAGAGGCAUAGAUAAGGUGGAUGGUAACACUCUUUUCCCCAGGGUAGGGGAGUCCAAAUCUAGGGGGCAUAGGUUUAGGGUGAGAGGGGAAAGAUUUAAAAGGGACCAGAGGGGCAACUCUUUCCACACGGGGUGGUGAGUACAUGGAACGAGCUGUCAGAGGAAGUGGAUGAGGCAGGCACAAUAGUAUCAUUUAAGAAGCACUUGGACAGGUACAUGGAGCAGUGGGGCUUAGAGGGAUAUGAGCUGAACACAGGAAAUUGGGACCAGGUGGGUGGGCACCAUGGUUGGCAUGGACUGGUUGGGCUGAAGGGCCUGUAUCCAUGCUCUAUUGCUCUGUGACCAAGUGUGAGUGUAAGGCUUCUUGCAACAAGAGAAACAAUUAUUAAUCAGGUUGGUUGUGAUCAUUUUUAAUGACCAGUUGUUUACUAUCUGCAAGAAUUUUUUUCUCUGACAUUUGCAGCAGUUAUAUCCUUGCAAAGGAUGUACGUGUUGUCGGCAAGACCAGCAUCUAUUGCCCAUUCCUAAUUACAAGUGUGCACCUUGAACUAUUGCAGCCUUUGUGUUGAAUCUAGGUGAUCAUUGUAUUUGGGUGUGGAGCUAACUUGCAGGUGGUGGUUGUCCCAUAUUUCUGCUUCCCAUAUUCUUCACGGUAGUGGUGGUUAUGGUGUCCAGAAGAUUUGGAAGGCUGUUGCUUUGGACCUUAUAAAUGCACGAGUAUGGAAGAGAUGAAAGUUUGUUCGGAAUGACUGGAUGAGCUGAGAAACUGCUUUGUCCUGGUAACUUGAGUGUUGAUGGAAUUAUUAAAUGCACAAAGCCACAGUUUUAACCGGGGGAAGAAAAACAAUUUGUACUCAAUUCAGCUGAACGAUUCCAGCUGUUUCAGAGAGUUGUAUGCUUUUUUUACUUUUGUGAAAUUUAGUUCAGAGUUGUUGUCCAAUUCAUUUGUAGUUUUAUUAUUUUCCCCCAGUGUCUGACAAUUUUCUUCACGAUCAUUUUGCACUUCUGACUUUAUAAAAAGAGUUUUCUUAGGGUUUCCUCAUUGUUCACUCUGGAGGCAUUAGACCGUAAUAAAAUUCAGUGCUGUGUUUGAUUUGUUUGGUUUUUGAACCCCAAGGUUGAUGUUGGUACAUGUGCACUUCCUUUGAGAACAAAUGAACAGUGGCACAAAUUGGAUCCCAAGCACCAGUUCUGGUUCUGGCCAGCACUGCUAUACCCUCUCCUGGGCCCCAUCCACUCUUGCCAGCUCUGGGGAAACUUUGCUCACUAGUGUCUCAAUUGUUCACCAAGAUCGAAAUCAAAAUUGGGACAACAUUUGCUUAGCAGAGAGGCCAGUAUCACAAGAAAUUUUGAGGAAUUUCCAAUUCCAAGUAUGAGGCAAUUCCACUUUUUUUGGAGAGAUGAGUCUUCUGGAAGGUAUUAUUUUUAGCUCCCAUGUUUUGCAUGGGGUUUGUAGUAUGGUUAAACACAGACAUUGUUAGUUUUGUUACUUGCAAUUCCGAUUAUUAAGACAGGCCAAAUAGGUUUCUGCUUGGUCAGCAGAUAAAGAAAUUUCAUCUCAUUAGUGGAACCGGAUUUCAACAGAUCUCAGAUCACAUUUACCAGAAUGCUACCUGGACUCCAAGGGUUAAUUCAUGAGUAGCUUUGUAUACUCUGGAAUGUAGACCAGUGAUUUAAUUGACACUUUCAACCCUAUGGGAAUGUGGGAAGGGCAGAUAGAAACAAUUUCUGUUGGUUUGCAAAUCUGGAAUGAAGGCACCUAAUCAAAAUCUUUCAGAGGUGAAGUUCAGAAAUGCAUUCUGUAUUCAAAUGACAGUAGAAGUUUGGAACUUCUUCAGAAGUGGUGGUUGAUGUUGGGUCAGUUAAUAUUAAAUUUGAGAUUGAUUAAGUUUGCGGUUCCUCUGGGACAUUUGACAUAAAGCAUUGGAAGAUGAUGCACUUUUGGUGAGUAUUUAAUAUUUGGUCUGAUUAUCUGCGUGAAAAAUUUGAAUACUAAGCAGGAACAUUAUCUUUGAGAAAAUUCUGGGCACCUAGGGUGUUCAGGAAUCAAGCAGUCACUUUUUUUUAGAUUUUAUCAUUAACUUAUGAGAGACCAAUAUUGUUCAGAAAGUUGGCCUGGGAAUAUAUUGGUUAAGUUUUGAAAUAGUGAAACUCUUGGCCUGCCAAGUAUUUCAAGGGGUCAAAGUCUAAAGUAUUGUAAAACACAGUUGUGAUACCUUAAUACUUGCCAAAUAAAACCGUUAUGCUGAUCACUGAAAUUUCAUAAAGCUGACUCUGGCUAUUACCCAUUUGCACGUGAUUUGUAGAAACCAUCCUGAUGUAGAAUUAAAGAUUUAAUUUUUCCAAUCAAACACUGAAAAUGCUGGAAACACUCAGCAGGCCAGGAAGAAGCUGUGGAAGGAGAAACAGAGUUAACAUUUCAGAUCCAAAAGUAACAUGUUUCCACAAAUGCCAUUGUUUUCUGGUUUUCAGAUUUCCAACAUCUAGUUUUUCUGGGGUUUUUUUGGUAUUGGUUUAUUAUUGUCACUUGUACCAAGGUACAGUGAAAAACUUGUCUUGCAUACCGAUCGUACAGGUCAAUUCAUUACGCAGUACAGUUACAUUGAGUUAGCACAGAGUGCAUUGAUGUAGUACAGGUAAAAACAAUAACAGUACAGAGUAAAGUGCCACAGCUACAGAGAAAGUGCAGUGCAUUAAGGUGCAAGGUCACAACAAGGUAGAUCAUGAGGUCAGAGUCCACCUCAUCGUAUAAGGAAACCGUUCAAUGGUCUUAUCACAGUGGGGUAGAGGCUGUCCUUAAGCCUGGUGGUACAUGCCCUCAGGCUCCUGUAUCUUCUACCUGAUGGAAGAGGAGAGAAGAGAGAAUGACCC